CAGAAGAGGAGGAACGACCCAAAUACAAACCCAUGGUGUCCCAGCUUGCUGCUCCCAAGAUACCUGAAGGAGAUCGGGUGGACUUUGAUGACAUCCACAGGAAGAGGAUGGAGAAGGACCAGCUGGAACUGCAGACGUUGAUCGACGUCCAUUUUGAUCAGAGGAAGAAGGAGGAAGAGGAGCUAAUCAGCCUGAAGGACAGGAUUGAGAACCGGCGGGCGGAGAGAGCGGAGCAACAGCGCGUCCGUGCUGAGAGAGAGAGGAGCAGACACACGAGGAUCGCGGAGGAACGUCAGAGGAAGGAGGACGAGGAGGCCAAGAAGAGAGCCGAGGACGAGGCCAAGAAGAAGAAGGUUCUGUCCAACAUGGGGGCUCACUUCGGGGGCUUCCUGGCCAAGGCGGAACAGAGGAGGGGGAAGAGACAGACUGGGAGGGAGAUCAAGAAGAAGACCCUGGCUGAGAGACACAGACCCCUGGCCAUCGCCAACCUGAGGGAGGACGGGCUGAGGGAGAGGGCUCAGCAGUUGUGGGAGUGGCUCUACCAGCUGGAGUCGGACAAGUUUGAACUGACAGAGAAGAUGAAGAGACAGAAAUACGAGAUCAACGUGCUGCUGAACAGAAUCCAACACGCUCAGAAAUUCCUUCUUCAUCCUCUCUCUCUGUACAGCAAAAAGGGUCAUGGGAAGGGUAAGGUAGGCGGCCGCUGGAAGUGAGAGCAGAGCCCUGGAGGAUCACAGACGGGCGAUCGCCCUGUUCCUAACACCACCGCUCUCCAAGCUGUUUAUAACACAACGCGGCUCGACGCAGAUCCAGUUACUGUGUUCAUUAAAACGUGCU